AUGACUUCAUCAUCUUAUCUAUGUGGCUUCAUUUCGGAAGCUCAAUCUCCACUCGAACGAUGGAGGUCAUACGUACAACAAGGUUUAUUCUCGAACGAGCUUCAUUUUCUCUCCUAUCGAGGAUACAUGAUUCCAAUUGUUAUGGUAUUGAGUAUGGCCUUCCAUAGCUUACUGUACUAUGUACUCUCUGAUUGGUUUUCAAAGAAAUACAGCAGUACUUUUAGGAAAAAGAUAUUCAACUCCGAGUUGGAUAGGAAAGAGUGGAACAGCAGAAUGGUUUCCAACGUUCAUGCCGUUAUUGCUACUGUAUUAUCUUUCUAUUGUCUUUUUUCUGUAUAUUUACCAACAGAUAAUUAUAAUGGAAUAUUGGCCAAGUCAGCUCCGAUUUGUACAUUUCUUUUGACGUAUUGUGCUGGUUACUUUUUAUAUGAUUUGAUUAUUGUGGCCGCUGAUUAUCCACAUUUAGGAGGAAUGGAAACAAUUUUGCAUCAUACCACCUCAUUUGUUGCUUUAAUUGGAAGCAUGCUCUGGGAAAAGUGUGUGGUAUUGCUCGUUCUCAUGUUAUUCACAGAAAUUUCCACUCCAUUUGUGAACCAAAGAUAUUUUCUUUCGAAAUGCAAUAUGAAAUCAACUAAAUUAUAUGCAUACAAUGGAAUUUUAAUGUGGGCAUCUUUUGGAAUUGUUAGAAUCUCCUUCUGCUUUUACAUGCCCUAUAUUAUUUUGGCUGAUUCUUUGACAUGGUGUUCAUUCCCAAUUGGAUGGAUUAUUGGUGUAUGGAUCAUGGUUAUCUCCAUCUCACUUCUCAACAUUAUUUGGUUCUAUAAGAUUACAUCUGGAUUGAUUCAAGUUCUUUUUGCUAAACCUGUGACAACACGCAAUUUGGAUGACUCUACUCCAUCCACCUCAACGGCAAAGAAUGAAGACACCAAAGAAGCUCAUACAGACUCUGAAGAUGAAGCUGAUGAUGUUAGUGAAGCAACUUCCACUACACUCCCUCUUGUCUCUAGAAGAUAA